AUGAUAAGAUUCGAUGCGAUAGGUUAUUUCCCUGUUCGAACUGCCGAACAGUCCAAAAAGCGUGCAGCUUGGUUGGAACGACACAGGGAAUGCGACAGUCCAAACAAAGAGUCCUCAUCUCCUCGCAGUAGUAGGUCUCACUAUCGGCUGUUUAUUUGCAUGAAAGGCGUAGCUCAAUUGAAAAAUAGUGAACAAAAGAUAGAUCGCAUAGAGAAUCGCCUCGAAGGUAUCGAACAGCUCUUGCGCAGGGCCUUUGAUGAACCACCUAAUACCAGAAAUGUCCCAAGACCUCCCGAAUCGUUAGCUACAGACUCUUUCAAUGUCUCUCAGGAUUUCGCGAACAGUAACAGAAAUGGGCCAAGCUAUACCAACUCAGAGAUAGCUUUGGAGGGAAGUAGCUCCUUGAAAGCUGCUACGGUGUACGCGAGCGACUUUUUCCAGACGGUCCUCGGGCACUCGCCAGCUGCUGAUACAAGCACGCGUGUGAACGCUGCGUUGUCAUCGCUGAAGCAAAUGAUUGAGAUUAAUAGCUACCGGUCGAUGGGCGACCGUAUACCGAGCCGAAGAGAAACCCAGAACGAUGGCAUAAGGGACCUGGCAAUGCCGCCUCUACAGUCAGUUCUAGCGAUUCUGCGAGAAUUGAAAGAAACAAAGCUAGCAACACUGAUGAUCAUUAGUCUCUUCAUAUCCAAGGAUAGGCUGAUCGAUUGUUGCCGCGAGAUAUACUUUGCAGUUGAUAAUUUCUCACUUCCGACAUUCUUGAUAGCAAACGCAACCCUCCGUUACCUGUUUCAGGAGAAAGCUCAAGCGUCGCAGGAUCCAUUAUUUCGCGAUGAGUACCGAAAACUGUCUCAGCUAUGUCGGGACAACCUCGAGACAGCCAUGAAUAAGUUCAGGGUUCUUGCACCACCCAGCCUGGAGAACGUAGAGGCUUUUCUUCUGGGGGCCAUCUACGCCAUCGAGGUGUCACAACCAAUGCUCGCUUGGCAGCUCGUAUCUAGCGCAGCAGGGACUUGUCAGACUCUUGGUUGGCAUCAACUCGUUCCCAACAGUGAUAGCACCACCGAUCGAAAGAUCUCUCUGUUUUGGCUGACCUACCUCCUCGAUAAAGGCCUGUCCUUGCGCCUUGGCCGACCGGCUGUCAUACACGAUGAUGAGAUCACCCUACCAGAACGUCUGGACAAAGCAGAUGUGCCCGGUGGAUGGAGAGGUUUGCUUACACAAUGGAUCCGUCAUUCUCGACUCGUUGGCAGGGCCUAUCAAGACCUGUACAGUCCAUCUGCGCUUCGAGCGUCAACACAUGAACGUGGUGAGCGCGCAAGGCGCCUGGUCGCAGCGCUAAAACAAAUUAUGGAUGGCUCAUUGAUGCCACUUGGACAGGCACAUCUAAUGGAGCACAAUACUGUGGACUUUGGAUCAGCGCCUAAUAGAAUGAUCAAGACGGUUCUGAAGGCUGACGAGGUAUGGUAUUGGACGACUCUAACGUUUAUACGCAGGGCUGUUCCCUCAACUGAAAGUGGACAUGGUGCUGUUAGCCCUGUGUGUCUAGAAUCUGCCAGGAUGGCGUUUGAAGCCCAUGGGGAAUGCAUGAGGAUGACUGAUCCGAGCUCUGAGACAAAGGCUCUAUAUCUUCUAUGGACGAUUAUCUACACCCCAUUUGUACCCCUCAUCGUGGUUUUCUGUAAUGUCAUUGAGACCUCUAACCCAGAAGAUAUUCGUAUACUCGGAGAGUUUUGCGAAUCGCUCAAGCCACUUUGCGGCAUAUUCGAGGCUAUACAAGAGCUGCAUGAUCUUUGCCAAGUUCUGUACAACCUGGCUAUCUCAUAUGUCGAGGCCAAAUCACAGAGCCAAGGGAGUCUUGAUAAAAUGGUCCAAGAUGGGUUUGAUGUUCAGUCAAAGAGCACGCAAGGGGCGGCGUCGUUUAGUACCGGCUACUGUGAUACCUUUUCUACGGGAUCGAGCAUACCAAUGCCUCAGCUGAAUAGCCAUGUCUCCCAGGUCAGGGACUGGAUUUCGGGGAAUAUGCAGUGGAUGGAUGUGUCACAAGAGGACUUCUCCGAGUUCUUGGCACAGUUAUCAUAG